UGCCACAUAUAUAAUGAUGACCCGUACAAACCGUUCCACUAUGUCAAAGAUCGUACUUACGAACGGUAUGGGGGAAGAAACAUAGGUAUAAGUCUAAAUAUUGUUGUAAACAAAUAGCGUUUUUUGUGACUAUCACAUAAAAGAGAUGACGUCUAAUCCGGAUCUUAUGGAGACUUCCGAAAGAAAACCUCUUUUAUCAGAAUCUUUACGGGUAGCUCGGAUUCAGCCUUCAAAAUGGCGUCAAUGCUUGGUUCUCAUAGCAUGCAUGUAUUUACACUUCAUGUCACUCGGAUUUGUCCCAGUUCUUGGAGUAAUAUACGUGGAACUUAUACGUCAAUUUAACUCUGCGCGAUCAGUAACAGCUGUCAUGCAAAGUAUGUUCCAAGGACUCACUUACGUCGGAGGGAUUUUGUUUUCAGGCAUUGUCACGAAAAAAGGUGUAGGCCCACCUGUUAUGAUUGCAUCGGCGUUAGGUGGUCUGGCAUUGUUUUUCAGCGCAUUCUCCGUGAAUAUCUAUAUGGUUAUUGUUCUUGUGGGAUUUGUUGGAGGGAUGGCCAUGAGUAUUAACUACUUAUGUGCAUUCGUUGCAGUAGGUUGGAUGUUUGUUUCAAACAGACGUUCUGCUCUUGCUUUCCUUACAAUGGCAACUGCUGUUGGACAAACAUUACUCCCUAAUCUUGCAAACUAUUUGAUAAACGUAUAUGGAUGGACAGGAACAUUUAUGGUAUCCGGCGGGCUUGUCCUCAAUAGUAUUCCCUGUGGUCUACUUUUACAUUUUUCACAAGAUUUUUUCUUUAAAGAAACAAACCAAAAUGUAAAUAGAGAUUCGGUUAAGGAGAAGAUGUGUCAAUGUAAUUCAGUACAAGAUGUUACUUAUGCAAUACUUAUAUUAGUGUCUUUUAUAUUUCCGGGAACAAAUGCCGUAGAGAGUUGGUUACAGUGGAUAUGAGUGAACUUAGAGGAUUAGACCGUCAACAAGGAAACUAUUUUGUUAUCACUAGUCGGCGCCUUCGGAUUGUGCGGAAGAUUGCUUGGAACUAUUUUACUGAAAGUUUGGACGAAAGUUAGGAUAGCAAUACCUUUGGCGUUAUCUUUUCGUGUUUCUUGCACUUGGACAUUUUCUCGUAGUUUACCUUUUAGACUUCUACGGGAUGUUAGGUGGAAUAUUUGUUCGUGGAAUUUCUAUUGGAAUGGUUUGGUGCUUGUUACCAGGGAUGCAGCUUGAACUACGUGGUAUUAAAAGGUUCCCUCGAACUGUAGCGAUAUGUAACGUGGUGAGUGGAGUUGGGUUAGUUGUCUGUGGAUAUUUUGGUGGAUUGAUUGCUGACUGGACUGGUGGAUAUGAUUUAGCGUUUUAUAUCGCCAUUGGGGUAGCAUUACUAUGUGGAGUGUUGAUGGCGAUUAUUAAGUGUUUACAGAAACUUGAAUAGAUGUACGAAGUCCAGUAUUGAUUUUUAAUAAACAAGCAGCAUAUGUUUGAA